AUGACAGAUCGGAAAGCAAAACGAUCACGUGUAAUUGUUAAUGAUGGAACAUGGGAUUGCUCAUUGUGUACAUAUAAAAAUCCAUGUGUAGCAUUUCGAUGUGAAAUGUGUGAUUCAAGAAAAGGAACAGCUACUCGAAAACCAAAACUUGUAUUAAGUGAUCAUAUUGAACAAUUACCAAGAUCAAAACGUAAAACAGAUGAUGAUUAUUCAUCAGAUGCAUCAACAAGUGAUGAUACAGAUGCUCAAGAUGAUGAUGACGAUGAUGAUGAAGAAUUUCAACAUGAAGAACGUAAAAAUACUCAUCCUAAUAAUAAUAAUAAUAAUAAUAAUCAUACACGACGAACAUUUCCUAAUGAUCAUUUUAAUGAAAGUAUAUCAUCUCCAGCAUCAUCAACAACAACAACACGAUCAUAUCGUUCAGCUUCACCAUCAUCAUCAUCAAAAAUUAAUGAUCAUACAAAAUUAUCAACAACAAAAAAACGACCAACAAUUACUUCUAUAUCACGUUCAACUAAAUCAACAUCAAUAUUAAUCAAUAAUAAAAAAUCUAAUAAUGAAAAUGAUCAAAAAAAACCUAUUAAAUAUCAAUCAUUAAAAUCUAAAGAUAUUAAACAACGACAAUCAAAUGAUAAUAAUCAAAAAAAUAAAAUAAUAAAUAAUGAACGAAAUAAAAAAAAUGAUGUACAAAAAAAAAAAAAAAAAAUUAAAUUAUCUUCACUUUCAUCAAUGUCAUCAUCAUCAUCAACAUCAUCAAAUUCAUCAUCAACACAUACAACAACAACAAUAACAGUUGAUGGAGUUUCAGUUCGUAUAACAGAAUUAACUAAUAAUAAAAAUAAUUCUUUAACAACAAAUGAUACAUUUAAUAAUGGAAAUAAUAAUCCAUCAAGAGCUUCAUCAUCAUCAUCACCAAAUGAUCGAAUUAAUAGUCAAUCGGAAAAAUAA